UAUUUAAUAAUUCUUCAAAUCAACAAAAAAAGAGAUAUUUUAAGUAUAAAAUGACCACCAAUACUUUUCUAAAUCAACAAAACUUUUCCUCUUCCCCCAUGUGUCGGCUUUUCUUCCCCUUUGUUUCUUCCACUUCCCCAGCUAUCAGUUCAACAACAGAAUCAACAGAAAGGCAGCAACAGCAAAAUAACUGUCAGAAAUCCUCCCGGCUAAAUAGCCGGAGGAAUUAUUCUUCAAAUUCGUCUCUUUUCGCAGCCAUUUUCGCCUCUCUGUGCGUUUUUGCCGUCCAUUUGCCAGCAGUUGCUGGACUAGCUUGUUAUGAAACUGUUAAUAUAACAAUAAUAAUGAUGCAAAAAUUUUUAAUUUUUUGCAAAUUAUUUUUAAAAAUUGCUGGCGUUUAUUUUCUCUCUUUUUUCUUAACAAAUGUUUUUAUUUCCUUGACAAAAAAUAAUCAUCUUUUCUAUCGCUUCAAUGCAAAUAAAAAAAUUAUUAUUUUUAAAUCUGCUUAA